AUUUGGUCGACUGAAAUUGGUUUUCUGCAUAAGCAGAAGCGACUCGCGUCGAAGUGACUGAGCGGUUUCAGCGCAAGUUUUUUUUUCCACAAAAUUUUCGAAUCUUUUUGGCAAAAUGCGAGUGACUGGAGUGGUUGUGGCUUUGGCCUUUUUGGCGGCAGUUUGUGCCCUUCCAGCCAAAAAAGACGAAGUCGAGUAUGUUCCACUUGAGGAGCAAGGAGGUGGCGGUAUUGUGGAUACGGGGGUCAUCGGGGGCGGACCUUGGCUAAGGCCCUUUGAUGGGCUUUUCGAAAGUCUCGCAGGAAUGAUGGCCCGCAUGCGGCAGCAGAUGGAGUACCUUUUGAACAGGUUGCCCGUUGGUAACCAUACAGGAGUUGCUGCACCUUUCCCAGGUUUCCCUGAUAUCGACCUGGGUAAAGGCAACACAACUUCAGUUACAAAAGUAAUCGAUGGUCACAAGGUUGUUAUUAACGAAACUGAAUACAAACAUGAGGGCGAUCUCGGUGGGGCUUUCUUCAAAGUGCGUAUAAUUGACGUUCUCCCCGAUUCUAGCGAACUAACAACCGAGAAAAACGCGGAAGAAAUAACCACCAAAGAUAUCGAGUCGGUCGAGAGCAGUUUCGAAAACGAAAUUCCGAAAAACAAAGAAAUCGAGGUCUUCAAGGGCGAAACCUUUGACGAACCUGAUGGCGAAUGGAGCAAUCUCGAAACGAUGAACAGCAUAGAAGAUAAUGCGAUCGAUUUGAGUCGCGAUACUUACGUCAAUCAGGUAUUAGCCGACGCUGGCGCGCCGACUAAUCCGGACGCCGAAGUUUUCGCGAUCGAAUCGAAAACGCCCUUUGAGAAAAUCACAAGUCCGAGAUAGUUGGAGCGGGCUAGGGAGGAAAGACUGAUAGGAGAUCGGAGACUACCAAAGAUCCUAUUUAUGUGUUUAUUUAUUUAUUCUGUUUUGCAUUUGUGUACUAAUUGAUUUGUUGGUGAUGACUAUUUAUUUUUAUUGAAUAAAUCAUUCGUACUUUUCCUA